CCUGAAACCGAUCGCGGCCCAUCGCGCGAUGUUUGUCUGGAUCAAGUACGGCUUUGACGACAUGCCGCUCAAGAUGUUCAACACGAACGUCACGUGCGACAUCCUCCUCGGCUUUGUCAAGGCCUCGUUCAGCAAGGACGUCGACGACCUCUGCCGGCAAAAGUCGGUCAAAAUCGGCAUCGACAUCGAAGGCAUCAAGAAGGAGCGCGAAGCCCGCAGCUACGGCCUUGUCGACGCCUCCGAGAAGACGCCCGCCGAGCUCGAAGAGCUUCAAGCCAAGUACGAAGCGCAACUCGAAGAGCUCAUGGCCGUCAUGAAGACCGUCAAAGAGAGUCAAAGCGCCGUUCUCGACAUCGCCGACGCCCAAGGCGUUCGCGUCAGAAUGAACGAGCGACUUCGCGAUCGCGGUCUCGACGUCAUCAAGCCGCGCCAGGUCUACGAGCUCGUUCGUGUUGGCGAGGCCGAGGCCCAUACACCCCUUAAAUUUACGCUUCCCUGAGGAUAUAUACUCGAUUCUUAGACUGUACUACACUUUGACUAGCGCCAGUAGUUGGCCGAGUCGAUAAAGCCGCCGUUGUAUUGGUACGUGU